AUGUGCGAUUUCUUCUUGAGGUAUGGUAUGAAGAUGGUACAGUAUCUCUCAUUAUCUAGUAAAUUCAAUCUAUGUGGCUCACUGUUGCAGCUUAGACACAUUAAACAUUACAUAAGGUUUGAGACUACAAGAAACGCAAGCAAAUUGGCCUGGAACAAUUUUAACCCUUUCAACAUCAACAUUUCCAAUCAUAAGUCCAACAUUUCCCUUAACUUUGCUUCUAGCUUCUAG